GCUUCUGUUGGAUGAGUCCUCAGAGUAGGCCCUGCCUGGAGCCAGCCAACUCUCCGGUGCCCCUCUGCUCCCCCCCCGCCGCCGCUGUCUGUCUCGCGUUGCCCCUCCCUCCCUUUUUCUCUCGGUAUUCUCCCUGCAACUUGCCUUUUCCUGCCGUUUCCUUGCCCGCAACUUUUUUCUGCUUUCUCUUUAACCUUAUCUCUGCUACUGAAUGUGGUAUUUCCAGCAGGAGGCUGAUCUAACUGGGAUUAAAUGGAAGCGAUAUGUAUGGCAGGGUCCAACAUCUGCCCCAAUUCUCUUUCCGGUCACGGAAGAGGACCCUAUUUUGAGCAGCUUCAGUCGCUGUCUGAAGGCGGAUGUACUUGGUGUUUGGCGUCGAGACCAAAGACCUGGACGCAGGGAGCUAUGGAUAUUUUGGUGGGGUGAUGACCCCAACUUUGCUGAUCUUAUUCAUCAUGAUCUCUCAGAAGAGGAAGAUGGUGUUUGGGAGAAUGGACUUUCUUAUGAAUGUCGCACUCUACUUUUCAAAGCUGUUCAUAACCUUUUGGAGAGGUGUUUAAUGAAUCGGAAUUUUGUACGCAUUGGGAAAUGGUUUGUGAAGCCUUAUGAGAAAGAUGAAAAACCUAUAAACAAAAGUGAGCACCUGUCCUGCUCAUUCACCUUUUUCUUACAUGGAGAUAGCAAUGUUUGCACCAGUGUGGAAAUCAGUCAGCAUCAACCUGUGUACCUGCUUAGUGAAGAACACCUCACUCUUGCCCAGCAGUCUAACAGCCCUUUUCAAGUUAUUCUAAGUCCCUUUGGGUUAAAUGGCACACUCACAGGGCAAUCAUUUAAGCUUUCUGAUUCAUCGACAAAAAAGCUUAUUGGUGAAUGGAAACAAUUCUAUCCUGUCACAUCUAACUUGAAGGAGGGAUCUGAGGAAAAACAAGAAGAAAUGGAUUGGGAGGAUGAUUCUCUAGCUGCUGUGGAAGUCCUUGUUGCUGGUGUGCGAAUGGUGUACCCAGCAUGCUUCGUUUUAGUUCCUCAGACAGACAUCCCUCCUCCUACCACUGUUGGGGCGUCUCACUGUUCAACUACUUGCUUGGGUGUCCACCAAGUGCCUGCUUCCACAAGAGAUCCUGCCAUGUCUUCAGUAACUCUGACUCCGCCAACGUCCCCAGAGGAAGUUCAAACAGUUGAUGCUCAAUCUGCCCAGAAAUGGGUGAAGUUUUCUUCUGUUUCUGAUGGAUUUAUCUCUGACAGUACUAGCCAUCAUGGUGGCAAAAUACCUAGAAAACUAGCCAAUCAAGUGGUGGACAGAGUUUGGCAAGAAUGCAAUAUGAAUCGAGCACAGAACAAGCGGAAGUAUUCUGCUACAUCAAAUGGCUUGUGUGAUGAAGAGACGGCUGACAAGGUAGCAUCCUGGGAUUUUGUUGAAGCCACGCAGAGGACAAAUUGCAAUUGUUCAAGGCACAAAAAUCUCAAACCAAGAAAUUCAGGUCAACAGGGGCAGGCACCACCUGUGGGCCAGCAACAGCAAGCGGCUCCAAAGCACAAGACGAAUGAGAAGCAAGACAAAGGGGAUAAGCCACAAAAACGCCCUUUGACUCCUUUUCAUCAUCGUGUAUCUAUCAGUGAUGAUGUUGCCAUGGAGGCAGAUUCAGCAAGUCAGAGGCUUGUGAUGACUGCACCAGACAGUCAAGUGAGAUUUUCAAAUAUCCGAACUAAUGAUGUAGCAAAGACUCCUCAAAUGCAUAAUGCUGAAAUGGCAAACUCGCCUCAACCGCCACCACUUAGUCCUCACCCAUGUGAUGUAGUUGAUGAAGGGGUGUCUAAAGCUCCUUCUACUCCUCAGAGUCAACAUUUCUAUCAGAUGCCAACACCGGACCCCUUGGUUCCUACAAAAACAAUGGAAGACAGACUUGAUGGCUUGCCUCAGCCUUUCCCAGCUCAAUUCCCUGAAGUUAUAGAGCCUACAAUGUACGUUGGUACUGCAGUGAAUUUGGAGGAAGAUGAAGCUGAUACUACUUGGAAGUAUUAUAAAGUUCCAAAGAAAAAGGAUGUAGAGUUCUUACCCCCUCAGCUUCCAAAUGAUAAGUUGAGAGAUGAUCCAGUAAUACCUACUGGACAGGAAAACAUAACAUCAGUUACAGAAAUAAUGGUGCAAUGUAGGAAACCUUUAAAGGUUUCAGAUGAACUGGUGCAACAGUAUCAGAGUAAAAACCAAUACCUUACAGCAGUAGUGUCAGAAGCUGACCAGGAACCUGAAAUUGAUCCUUAUGCGUUUGUUGAUGGCGACGUGGAAUUCUUAUUUCCUGAUAGUAAAAAAGAUAGGCAGAACAUUGAGAGGGAAGCUGGGAAGAAACACAAGGCUGAGGAUGGGACAUCUAGUGUUACAGUUCUAUCUCAUGAAGGAGAGGAUGCUAUGUCUCUAUUUAGUCCUUCUGUCAAGCAAGAUGCCCAACGUAUUGCUGCUCAUGCUCGCACUGCAUCAACUAGCCUGUUCCAUGAAACAGACUUGGUGGUCUCUUACACUGACCUCGACAAUCUCUUCAAUUCUGAUGAAGAUGAACUAACACCUGGAUCUAAAAGAACAGUAAAUGGCUCUGAUGACAAAUCCAACUGCAAAGAGGCAAAAGCAGGAAAUUUAGACCCACUGUCAUGCAUAAGCACUGCAGAUCUCCAUAAAAUGUAUCCAACUCCACCUUCAUUGGAACAACAUAUUAUGGGAUUUUCUCCAAUGAACAUGAAUAAUAAGGAAUAUGGCAGUAUGGACACUACACUUGGAGGAACAGUACUUGAAGGGAAUAGCUCUAGUGUGGGAGCUCAGUUCAGAAUUGAAGUAGAUGAGGGUUUCUGCAGCCCCAAACCUGCUGAAAUAAAGGAUUAUUCUUAUGUUUAUAAACCUGAGAACUGUCAAGCUUUAGUGGGAUGUUCCAUGUUUGCACCACUAAAGACUCUUCCUAGCCAGUGUCUCCCUCCCAUCAAACUGCCAGAGGAAUGUAUUUAUCGCCAGAGUUGGACUGUGGGAAAGUUGGAUUUACUUCCUCCAGGGCCUGCCAUGCCAUUCAUCAAAGAUGGUGAUGGAAGCACUAUGGAUCAAGAAUAUGGCCCUGCCUACACACCACAGACUCAUACUCCGUUUGGGAUGCCACCAAGUAGCGCGCCUCCCAGUAACAGCGGAGCUGGAAUUCUCCCUUCUCCUUCCACCCCUCGUUUCCCAACUCCUAGGACACCAAGGACUCCUCGGACGCCUCGUGGAGCUGGUGGACCCGCAAGCGCACAGGGUUCAGUCAAAUAUGAGAACUCUGACUUAUAUUCACCAGCUUCCACACCAUCAACAUGUAGACCGCUGAAUUCUGUUGAACCGGCAACUGUGCCUUCCAUUCCAGAGGCGCACAGUCUUUAUGUGAAUCUCAUCCUCUCAGAGUCUGUAAUGAAUCUCUUCAAAGACUGUAACUUUGACAGCUGCUGCAUAUGUGUUUGCAAUAUGAACAUCAAAGGUGCUGAUGUUGGAGUUUACAUUCCUGAUCCAACACAAGAGGCCCAAUAUAGGUGUACCUGUGGUUUCAGUGCUGUUAUGAAUAGAAAAUUUGGCAACAGUUCUGGACUGUUUCUUGAAGAUGAAUUGGAUAUUCUAGGACGUAAUACAGAGUGUGGCAAAGAAGCAGAAAAACGCUUUGAAGCUCUCAGAGCUACUUCCAUUGAACAUGGCAGUGGAGGACUGAAAGAACCUGAGAAACUGCCUGAUGAGUUAAUACUGUUGCUGCAGGAUCAGUGCACCAACUUGUUCUCACCCUUUGGAGCAGCAGACCAAGAACCUAUACCCAAAGUUGGUGCAGUUAGCAACCUGGUACGUGUAGAAGAAAGGGAUUGUUGCAAUGACUGCUACUUAGCGUUGGAACAUGGACGCCAGUUCAUGGACAAUAUGUCAGGAGGGAAAGUUGAUGAAGCACUUGUGAAAACUACUUGCUUGCACCACUGGUCAAAAAGAAAUGUUGUGGAUGUGAGCAUGCAGUGUUCCCAGGACAUCCUUCGUAUGCUCCUCUCGCUUCAGCCAGUUCUUCAGGAUGCAAUUCAGAAAAAACGAACAGUCCGAUCUUGGGGUGUGCAAGGCCCCCUCACAUGGCAACAGUUUCACAAAAUGGCUGGCAGAGGCUCUUACGGAACUGAUGAGUCCCCAGAACCACUGCCAAUCCCAACGUUUCUGCUGGGAUACGAUUAUGACUUUCUGGUGCUGUCUCCAUUUGCAUUGCCGUAUUGGGAGAGGCUGAUGUUGGAACCUUACGGAUCUCAAAGAGAUGUCGCUUAUGUUGUGGUGUGCCCCGAGAAUGAGGCUCUGCUGAAUGGAGCAAAAAGCUUCUUUAGGGAUCUGACUGCAAUAUAUGAGUCAUGCAGACUUGGUCAGCAUAGACCUAUCUGUAAGUUAUUGCCCGAUGGGAUCAUGAGAGUUGGACCUACUGCUUCGAAGAAACUUUCUGAGAAGCUGGUCACAGAAUGGUUCUCGCAGACAGCUAAUGCCAACAAUGAAGCAUUUUCCAAACUCAAACUAUAUGCACAAGUUUGCAGAUAUGAGCUGGGUCCUUAUCUUGCUUCUCAGCCCUUGGACAAUUCUUUACUUUCCCAAACAAAUCUAAUCCCUCCCCCAAGCCAGCCGACCUCUGCUCUGCCCCCAGUGACAGCUAAUGCUGGAAAUCCCAACACUCCAUCGUCUGCGCCUGCAGCUCCUACCAGUAGUACUAUGACAGCGACAUCGAACAGUGCCAUGUCUUCUGCAGCUACGACAGCUAAUUCGACUUUGACUACCACUGCCACUUCAUCUUCUUCUGCUAACAUGGGCAGUGGGAUACCAACGAGCAAGCCUUCUUCAUUUCCACCUUUCAGCAAUAUGAACAAUACCACUUCUGCCUCCUUGCCCACGCAGGCUGCAACAGUCCAAAAUGGGCAAACAGGCGGACAGCAGCAACAGCCGCCACUGCAAACAGCAGGGAUGUCUGGAGAUAACACUUCUGCACCUGUGCAGCCCCAUCCAGAGGUUUCUGAAAGCACUAUGGAUCGUGAUAAAGUUGGCGUUCCUACAGAUGGAGAUUCACAUGCCAUCACCUAUCCACCUGCAAUUGUAGUUUACAUAAUUGAUCCUUUUACAUAUGAAAAAAAGGAUGAGAACAGUAGCUCGUCCAGUUUGUGGACGCUUGGACUUCUGCGCUGCUUUUUAGAGAUGGUUCAGGUUCUUCCUCCUAACAUCAAGAAUAUAAUUUCUGUGCAGAUCGUCCCAUGUCAGUACCUUUUACAACCUGUGAAACAUGAAGACCGGCAGAUUUACACUCAGCAUUUAAAGUCCUUGGCGUUUUCAGCAUUUACUCAGUGUCGGAGACCUCUUCCAACUUCUACCAACGUGAAAACAUUAACCGGCUUUGGCCCAGGUUUAGCGAUGGAAACUGCUCUUAAGAGCCCUGAUAGACCCGAGUGUAUUCGACUAUAUACCCCUCCUUUUAUACUGGCUCCUGUAAAGGACAAACAAACAGAACUAGGAGAAACUUUUGGAGAAGCUGGCCAGAAGUAUAACGUACUUUUUGUGGGCUACUGUUUGUCUCAUGAUCAAAGAUGGCUUCUGGCAUCCUGUACAGAUCUCUAUGGAGAACAGUUAGAAACUUGCAUAAUUAAUAUUGAUGUACCAAAUAGAGCUCGCAGGAAAAAGGGCUCUGCCCGCAGACUUGGUCUUCAGAAACUCUGGGAAUGGUGCUUGGGACUUGUGCAGAUGAGCUCUUUGCCGUGGAGAGUUGUAAUAGGCCGUUUAGGAAGAAUAGGACAUGGAGAAUUAAAAGACUGGAGUUGUUUGCUGAGUCGCCGAAACCUCCAGUCCCUCAGUAAGAGGCUAAAAGAUAUGUGCAGGAUGUGUGGUAUCUCUGCUGCAGACUCUCCCAGUAUUCUCAGUGCAUGUUUGGUGGCGAUGGAACCACAGGGGUCCUUCAUUAUUAUGCCAGAUUCCGUAUCGACAGGCUCUGUAUUUGGACGCAGCACCACUCUAAAUAUGCAGACAUCUCAGCUGAAUACCCCACAGGACACAUCGUGCACUCAUAUACUUGUGUUUCCCACAUCCGCCUCUGUGCAAGUAGCAUCGUCAACUUAUACCACUGAAAACUUGGACCUGGCCUUCAACACAAACAAUGAUGGAGCAGAUGGAAUGGGGAUCUUUGACUUGUUAGACACUGGAGAUGAUCUUGAUCCUGAUAUUAUAAAUAUUCUUCCUGCAUCCCCUACUGGAUCCCCUGUACAUUCUCCAGGGUCCCACUACCCCCAUGGAGGUGAUAUGGGCAAGGGUCAAGGUACAGAUCGAUUGCUUUCAACAGAAUCUCAUGAUGAAGUAACAAAUAUACUGCAACAGCCAUUGGCCCUUGGUUACUUUGUGUCAACUGCCAAAGCAGGUCCACUGCCUGACUGGUUUUGGUCAGCAUGUCCUCAAGCACAAAAUCAGUGUCCCUUGUUUCUUAAGGCCUCUUUGCACCUCCACGUGCCUUCAGUGCAAUCAGACGAGCUACUCCACAGUAAACACUCCCAUCCACUUGAUUCUAAUCAAACUUCUGAUGUGCUCAGGUUUGUUCUGGAACAGUACAAUGCACUCUCCUGGCUAACCUGUGAUCCUGCAACCCAGGACAGACGGUCAUGUCUCCCAGUUCAUUUUGUGGUGCUGAAUCAGUUGUAUAACUUUAUCAUGAAUAUGCUGUGAUCUUCAUCUGAAUUUUGAAAGACAAGAAUGAGGAAAAGGGAUAUUUCACUGCAGGACUAAGUUAUAAAUUCUUCUCAGUGCAAGUUGUUUGUGAUGGGGUAUGAAUCUUGUUACUUCCAGCAAAUAUUGCUUUGGCUUGUGAGAAGGGCAUCUAUAACCCUACUGUCUUUGCAUUGACUAUGGGGGACUCUUUAGAAUGAUGAUCAGAAAGUGUAUUAUAACAUUUUUAGUAGCAAAAUUAACCAUUUUUCCCCACUCACAGUAUUUGUGAAGAGUAAUGAGCCAUAGUACCCAGUCAUGGUUAAUGAAUUUUAAAGCAUGGAGAUGAGAAGAAACAUGAGGAACAAUAAGUUUCAACCUAUGGCUUCAGAACAUCAAGAUGUUCUUGUAUUGGAUUAUAGUACCUAGUAUUCAAAAAUGCCUGCAUCUCUUAUUUAUUGUAAGUUUUUAAAUGUAUAAAUUGUCUUAUAUUUCUUAACCUCUUUUAUAAAAAUUUUCCUAGAAGGUUUAUACUGCCUUCUUGCUUUAAAGCAAUUGGUCUAAAAUAUAUGUAAUCGUCUUAAUUAAAAGUUGCAGUAGGUUGCUUUUAGAGUAUUAUUUUUUUGUAAGGGGGUGGGUGGGGACAGUAAAUUUGUAUUGUCUUGAUGUACAGUUUAAUGGGGAUAGAGGGGUUAAUGUCCAUACCAUUGUGUGUGGGGGAUUUACAGCUAAGCUGUAGUUGCAGAGUACAUGUACAGUAAUGAAGUUCACUGUGUUUAUAUAAAUUGAAAAGGUACCGGGUCUUACAGCAUUUUAUAUCACACCUUUACAGAGUAACAAUGGCAAUAUAUAAGUGAUAUUGUAGGUGGUUUAACUUGUAGUGAGAAUAAAAUGAAUAAACUCUUCAAUUGAAGUUUGUGUUAUGGUUUAGGGCUGUGGCUAGAUUCUCAGAUCUAUUUCCAGUAGACAGGUUUUAUUAUUACAAGAAUAUCUAUUGUGCAUUGCUGUUACCUGGAUAUUCUUGGCACUGUGGUGACCGCAUUAUUUUCUUUCGUGUUCGUCAUAAAACACGAAUCUGAGACAGAACACACAGAUACAGAAAACUCUGACCUUAUCCAAAGUCUCCUGCAAGGCUGAAAUUUAGCCCAGCCCUAGCCAUUUUACAAAUGCAAAAAUAGUCAAUCUUGACUUUAAGAUUGGUGUGUGUUUAACUAAAAUGUGGUGUAUAUAGAUUCUCAGUGAAUUCUGGUAUUCAGAUUUUAUUCCACUAGUAAAAAACAAAACGAAACCCUGAACUUUUUCCUUUUUCAUGUAUUUUGGCACUGUGGUGAAGGUCCCAAGUAUCAGUGCAUGGCCUUCCCCUCGUCCCUCUUUCAGACUGGCGGGGGCAUGUGCCACGGAGGCUUAGCCCUCCCUAAGGAAGGGACUCGUGAGUUAUAAGGCUUUUGUAAACCUCUCCCUCUAUCUACAGUCACCAGUUUUCCUCAGUAGUUUCCUUCCAUUCUCCUCACACAUGCCAAAUGUCUGAUGCUGCUCUAAAAUGGCCCCUACGGGUGCUGAGGAGCAACAGCAUAUGCUUUUUCUUGGUUCCUCAUCUUCUGACUGCCAGGUUAAAGACUUACUCCUGCAGUGCCCACGUGAGCCUGUUGUGAGAACCCAUGCUAGUUCCUCACCUGGGUCUCAGUACUGUUCAUCUUGCCUGUUUAAACCUUGAAAGGAAUAAGUUUUAAGAUCCAUUUGUGCACCCGCUGUUAAUCCUCUACAAAGAAGAAAUCACUUGUAUUUACAAAACUUAAUGUGUUGAUGAAAAUCAUGUUUUGUAAAUGCAAAAUAUUUGCCUGAGAUAAUUUUUCGUAUAAACAGUCUCCUUGAAUUGUGUAUAUACAAUAUUAGCAACUUUUUUGUUUUUGUAUAAAGAAGUUGUACAAUUGGUGACAAAAAUUUUCAGUCGUUUCUUCGAAAAAAACAUGAGUGCAAUCAGAAGUCAGCAUAUUUUGAUAUUAAAGUUAAAAACUGGGUCUGUCCAUUACUUUUUCUUGAUAAUGAUAAUGUACCACAGAUUAAACAGCACAUUUUUUGUUUUAGAGCAGGUGUUUUCUUUCUCAUCUGGCUGAGAUUUUAAGGGGGAAAAUGCUUCUAAAACUGGAAUUUUCAAAGCUUGUGUCUUUUUUGUUUUUUGUUUUGUUAAAUCUGCUUUGUAUCCAUAAAGGUAAGUGAAUCAGCUGCCUGAACAUUGGUAUAACUGUACUGUUAUCUGGACCAUAACCUUCCCUGUGAAACUCUCCAACUGUGAAAUAUGCCAGUUCUUUUUCUCCCUUCUCCCCAAAUGCAGUUCAAGUAAAUUAUAAUGUUGUAACCACUAGAAAAGAGCAGGAGGGCCAUUUUUGAAAGUGAUAGUCGCAGCCAGCAAUGUGCAUAUCAAAACUGCCAUCCCCAUGGAGCCAGCUACUACAUUGGGCAUACUUUUUUGUUCGUUUCUUUCACUUAGCUGUUUUACUUUUUUUAAGGGCACAUAAUUAGUGAUUUAUGAAUAAAAUUGUCGCAACCCAAUAAUUUGGGUUGUUUAGCAAGCACAAGCUUAACGUAUUUGAAAAUUUCAGCUCUAGCUUCUCAAAAUGGUUUUGCAAAAAAACAUUGUUCCUGGCAGCGCUCUAUUAAGUAGCUGUGGAACUUUAUCUCCCCUUAAGUAUGUUAGAUAGUCAGUGAAAGAUGCAUCUGAAAUCUUUCCAUUCAGAUUAAAAAAUAAUGAAUUUUAAUUUAGCUGUACUGUGCUUAAGCCAUGUAGUCAUCUGGACUGUGACUUCUUCGAUUCUUUGAAUCAGAUUUCUGCAAACACUGUUGCUAGACCAGCAGGCCACCAACUGUACUUGCAAACAACCCUUAAAAUUUAAAGUAGCUGUAACAUGUAAAAUCUUUCUAACAUUUCCUGAAAUAAGUAAAAAUAGAUCUGAGUUUAUAUUUAAAUCUUCAGCUAUCUUCUUACUUAGCUGUCAGUAUGGCGCAGAUUAUUGUAUUUCUGUAUUUACCUCCUAUGGUAAUUUUUAACUUCAUGUGUUGCUAUGAAGACUUGCAGAUGUCUUUAAUCAAGCACUAUUUGUUAAUACUGUAAUAUCAAAAUAUUAUGUUACAUUAUUUUAAAGCUUUCAAAAAUAAGAGUACAAUGUUUUUAAAAUGCUCUUGCACCAUAUAACUUGCUGCACAACACUAUGGCACAGCAUAUCAGCCUGUUUUAAUGGUAGUGCUGCCUAACCAAGGUUUGAUCGGGGUUUCUUUUGAGGAUGUUCUCUUAAUUAGGUGACAGCGUAUGACGUUGCUGUCUUGACAACCUGCAGCUGGGAAGGUGUUUUUUUUUUCCUUUAAAUAAAAGACCCAGGACUAUGCCUCAUACUUUUUUUUUUUUUUUUUUUUUUUGGGGGGGGGGGAGUAUUUUCAGUGGAGUAAAAGUUAAUUUACAGUAAAACUGGAUUUGGGACCUACCAUAAUCCUCAGGGUCACUCUUUCAGGAAGCUACUCACCUAGCUUUAGUUUUUUCCGAGUAAACUGGAUGUGAGGUGUGAGGACCUCGCCGAGCCCGGGGUGGCGCCUGCAGCCUGUGGCCCCGUUACUGGACGUGUCCUGUUUCCCCCCCCCGCCCCGCAGCUGGGUCCCGUUACCGAGGGGCGUUUUUAAGUUCUCACAGCGCCGUGACAGUUACCGGUGUCCAAGCCGUCGUAUUUAUCAUGACAAAAAGCGAUUACGGAACAAACACUAUUGCUGCCGAAUGCCAUAAACACUGAGUUGUACAAAUUGUGAUUGAGGAAAUGAGAGAAAAAAAAAGGUUUAUACUUUUUAAAAAAAAAUCAAAUGGAAUAAAUUAUUCAUGAAGCCUUG